UUCUGGUUGAACAUUUUACGGCUACACAAUUUUUUGCCGUGGUCUCCUUCAUUUUUGAUGGUAAAUGUGGCGGCAGGGUCAUCAUCUGCUGCGUGGCGCCUCACGCCGCCAGCUACAGCCGCGUGUGGCCUACGCUAGAUACGUCAUCACCGGAGCGGCGUCAAGCCCUAGCUUGUCGAUAUGGCGGCGCAAGAAGGAGAUGGGGAAGGAGGGUUUGAUGGUGGCGAAGGAGCUCAAGCGCCUCCAGUGCCACCCCGUGCGGUUCGAGCGGUUCAUGAAGGCCAACGUUUCCCGCCUACUCAAGUCCGACCUCGUCGCCGUCCUCGCCGAGUUUCAGCGACAGAACCUCGUAUCCCUCUCCAUGAAGUUGUACGAUGUGGUGCGCAAGGAAACCUGGUACCGUCCAGACAUGUUUUUCCACCGGGACAUGCUAAUGAUGCUAGCACGGAAUAAAAAAAUCGACGAAGCACAAACAGUUUGGACCGAUCUGAAGAGAGAGGGAGUCCUUUUUGAUCAGCACACUUUUGGUGACCUCAUCAGGGCCUUUCUCGACAGCGGGUUGCCAGACGAGGCCAUGCGGAUAUAUAAUGACGAGAUGAGAUGUUCGCCCGACCCACCACUGUCUUUGCCCUAUCGCGUAAUAUUAAAAGGGCUUAUCCCAUAUCCUGAGCUGAGGGAGAAGGUGAAGGAUGACUUUUUGGAAUUGUUCCCUGGCAUGAUUGUCUAUGAUCCGCCAGAGGGCCUUUCUGAUGACGAGCGUGGAGAGUGGAGCGAUGAGGAUUAAGGAUGUGUUUGGUUGGCUGAACCUGGAAAAGAACAGCUGAAUCGGAUGUGUACUAUCUGAGAACUGAGAAAAGUUGUUGGAGCUCAAAAUCAGGUUGUGCUGCCAAGCAGACCCCUCUCAUUUGAAAUGCUUGUGCGUUACUGUAAUCUACCGACUGGCCUCGCCAAUUGGGAAGAUUUUCAGAUGAGGCUGCUUUUUGUGAUUGUUCUAAUGUUUGAUCUUGUGGGUGGAAGAAGGUUGGUAGGCCGUAUGUUUUGUUUGAGAGCUAAUUUUCAAUAAGCUAUGACCAUGAUGAUGAUCACAAUGGUGAUGAUACCCGUCAAUAUCUUUAGUAGUUGAUAAAAAAUUUGAACUUUUUACAAGAAUUUUGUUACAUUCGACCCUCAAUCUUUACCCUUCAGUGACAGAUCCCGUUGUUUCAUUUCCUGCAACACUGCACUGCAGGUAAAUAUAUAAA